CAAUCAAAAGCUUCCGUCAGUUUGAACAAGAGGCGCUUCGUAUUAAUAAUAUGAUUAUUGCUAGCUGUUGUUUUUAGCACUUUUAACAUGUUUGAUGUUUAAAUGGCAGCUUUGCUUAGCGAAUAACAUUAAAGUAAUAGCAGGUGAACGGUAAUUUACGGUAAUUAUUAAUUGAAUAAACAGAAAACCGCACAAAAUGAGCGUGUUCAGUCAAAGUAAACCGACUUAUUUGAAGACCUAUGGCAAACAGAAGCGAAAGGUGGAUCAGUGGUUUUCUCCUGACUUGAGAAAGAAAGCAUUCUCCUUCUCCAGUACACCAUCAUCUGAUCAGUCUAUCCCAGAGCUCACCUCCAGAACACGAAAAACCACCAAGACCAAAAUAAGCACAGCUUCAACAAGGAUUUUGCGCAAAAGGACAAAAAGGAAAGCUUUGGAAGCUUUGAAUGAGCUGGAAAGCGACGAGGAAAGCGUUUUAAUUCCAAGAACAUCUCGCAGGAGGAAACCAAGCGCCAAAUUAAUUAAGAAGACUGUGGUCACACGCAGUUCACCAGGGCUCUCUUCCAGUAAUGAAGAACAUGCCAGUCGGCACACAGUGAGGAUGAGGAAAAAACCUCCACGUAUUAGCAACAGCGAGAAUGAGAGUGACACUUUUCUCACAAAGGAUAUAUGUUCAAAUGCCUCUAGGAAGAGAGCUUCUAAUGUCAAAUGUAUAACGCACGGCAAGUCAGUUGCUCUACCCAAUGUGGACAGGUUUGUCACACGUCGCAAGAGACUACCCAUGCAACCUAUGAAGAACACUUUUGAGCAGAGUCUUGGGCUUUCCAGCAACACCUUGAAUCCAUCAAAAGACAUUAUUAGUGGUGUUCCUUCAUUUCCUCAUCCUGUGACGAAUUGCAAACAGUCUUCCACUCAUCAGGAGUCUGAUACUAAGCCGUCUGUCAUGUUACACAGUGGUGCGCACAGGCAUUCAGGCAGAGUUUUAAGCGAAGUCUCAUUUAAUGAUGUCGAGGAACGGAUGACCUCCUGUAAACGCCCACUGCUGUGCAGUACCCCGUCCCUGGUCUCUAAACAAAGUCUGCGCUGUCUUGAGCCUUCUAUUAGUGAGAUCUCAUCCUUUAGCUGUGAUGAGUUGGACAUGCCUCCGCCACUAAAAGAAAGCACAGCCAGUGAUCUAAUGAGCAAGCCAUUGUACCCUGGCACACUGCAGAAGAGCAAACAACGUGAAAAUCGCACCCCAAAAGUUAAGACGGUGCAACAGAUGGAGGAGCAUGUAAGUGCACACUCAAAGCUGGGACUGGAGAAAGAUAAGACAUGCUCAAGUACUGAGAUUGUGUCUACACUGCCACACCUCAAGCAGCUGAAGGAGCAGUCUGUCAUUAUUCUGGAGGAGCUGGAUGGUCUGGACAUAUUUCCAAGAGAUAAUGGGAAACAAACGGGAUUGGAGGCAGGUCCUGCCACUACAGAUAUUGCUAUGCCAAGCUGCAAUGACAAGAGAACUUUUCACAUGUCUUCAGAUAAUCCAAUGUCUAAUGCUAGUACUCAAGCUCUCCAUUUAUCCUCACUCAGCCCAUGUUCUGUCUCAUCUCCUUCUUCUAUCUCUGCACCUCCAGUUUAUGAGGUCAGUAGUUCACUCCUAAAGCAAAUUGAUCACCUUAAGGUGAAGUGCAUGUUGUCUCGUCUCACUGUCCGCCUCCAGCGUCUGGAACCGAGGACCAUCCUCCAAACCCAUCAGGAGACAACAGAGACCCAUAAGGCGCAUGUGGCUUCUUCACAUUCUUUAGAAAUCAAAAGAGGUCGAAAUUCCAGGAACUUGAAUUUUCCCUGCUUGAGGGACACUGAAUCAGGAGUGCAAUCAUCUGUCAGUGAUUUACAUACUGAAGGACCAGUUCAGCAGAUGUCUGCCUCCUUCAUGCAACCUGUGACCUCACCUGAACCUAUUAAAGCUCCCAGUAAAAUGACAGAGGCAAAAGAACUUAGCGGGCUUUGUACCAGCCGUAAGGUAUGUGUGAGCGGCCUGAAUUCUAGCCGGUGGUCAAAGAGAGGUGUAGGUGAGCAUAACAUAAAACGGAGGCAGAAUGAAUCUUGGACUAAACCAGCAGACUGCUCAUCCAGUGCCAUGCUACUCACUGGAGCUGAUUCAUACAUGGGGGAAUCUGCUUGGCUGCAGAGCAGCAGAGUGUUUGGAUUGCCUAAAACACCCCUUCGUGCAGAACUGCUGAACCUUUCCUCCUUUCUGACCAGCUUCACUCCGGACUCGCUCACAACACACACCUGGGGUCGUCUCAAAGCUGCAUUGUCUAUACACAAAAAGAAGACAGCAUUCCCAACCCCUCGACGACUGGCACUAUCCGAUCUCAAGCAUCCGGGGCUAGCAGACACCAGUCUAGAACUGUUUGGCACACCAGCACCUAAUCAAGUUUCCUCUCACCUGCUUCGGUCCAGCGUAACCCAUGCGUCCAUGCUUUCUUUCAGCGAAGACAUCAGUGAUGCUGAGAAAGUGUAUCAGGAGUGUCAACAAGAAGGACCCCUUUGCUUUGAUGAUUGCAUCCCUCCAGAAUGCAUGAAACACUGCAUUAAGAUUGGAGAGGGCACGUUUGGAGAAGUGUUCUCCAUGGUCAACACUGCCGCUCAGACCGUAGCUCUUAAAAUUAUUCCAGUCGAAGGUCAUCAGAAAGUCAACGGUGAACCACAGAAAUCAUGUGGUGAAGUUCUUCAUGAAAUCAUUAUAUCGAAGGAACUAAGUGCACUCAACUCCAAGGAGCACAACAAAACAAAUGGUUUCAUCGGCCUCAUUAAUCUUCACUGUGUGCGUGGAUGCUAUCCCAGUGCUCUGCUCAAAGCUUGGGACCAGUUCGACCAAGAAAAGGGAUCCGAGAACGACAGACCUGAUUUCUUUGGCAAGGAGCAGCUCUUUCUGAUCCUGGAGUUUGAGUUUGGGGGCAGUGAUUUGGAGAAUAUGAGUGGAAAACUCACUUCUAUGGCCCAAGCUAAAAGUGUGCUGCACCAGGUUACUGCUGCGUUGGCUGUUGCUGAAGAGGCGCUUUGCUUUGAACACAGAGACCUGCAUUGGGGAAAUAUUCUGGUUAAAAAUACAAAAGAAAAGCGGAAUCAGUUUAUUCUGAACGGCUCCACGUACACUAUAGAGACACGAGGAGUUCACGUUAACCUUAUAGACUAUUCACUCUCACGGCUCGAGAUCGAUGGCCUAACGGUGUCCUGUGAUAUAACGAAUGAAGAAGAGUUAUUCAUGGGUCAGGGUGACUAUCAAUUUGAAAUCUACCGCCUGAUGAAGAAGGAGAACAAUAACUGCUGGGCAGACUAUAAUCCUCACUCCAAUGUGCUGUGGCUACACUAUCUGGCAGAUAAGCUUUUGACUAUGAAGUACAAGAACAAGCCACACACCAGCCAGCAGAAGGCCUUGAAGAACAGCCUCAAGUCCUUUUUCUCUGAGAUACUCAACUACCAUUCAGCAAAAGAUGUCCUCUUGCACGCCGCUCUGUUUCAAUGAUUUCCUGCAUUUUCUGAUUUGUGUUUAAUCAGUGCUUUCAGGACUGCUUCAAUUGUUGCAAAGCACAUGUAACCUGAACUGAUAAUUAUUUACAAAAAGAACUCGGUAGCAAAUAAAUAUGGUAAAGAGA